GACACUUUUCAAUUUGCCAAGUCUUGAGCACUCCACUCCACCUUGUUGCAUCUCCACCUGCCAUGGCAAUUGAACUCAAGGACCUAGCGCCGCUUUUCCUCAAGACGGAGCGCGUUAAUGGUGACAUCGAUCCCUCCGUCCUCACUAACGUAUUGCGCGGCGGUCAGGCGGCCAAUGACCGUCGCAAGGAGCUGCUGCAGGUGAUCGAGCGUCACCCUGUACUCUCAGACCGGGACAUGAUGUACCGCAACCACACGGAGCGCUACAAUUUCGGCGUCAAGAAGGCUUUCCACUACAUCAAAGUAUUGCAGGAAGGCGGCUACACGGACCCCGUGGAUCAGCAGAUCCUCUACUCAGCCAUGGGGGAGCCCACGGCUAUCGAGGUGCACCGCUCCAUGUUCGUACCGACUCUGGAGAACCAAGGAACCGACGAGCAACGUGCCAAGUGGCUGCCUCUUGCCAAGAACUUCAAGAUCCUUGGUGCUUAUGCGCAAACGGAGCUUGGUCACGGGUCCAAUGUGCAGGGCAUCGAGACUGUCGCUACGUACGACAAGACCACUCAAGAGUUCAUUAUUGACUCGCCCACACUGACCAGUCGUAAGUGGUGGCCCGGUGGUCUGGGCAAGACAGCCAACCAUGCCAUCGUGCAUGCGAGAUUGUACUUGGACGGCAAGGACGUGGGUGUACAGGCGUUCCUGGUGCAGAUCCGGUCGAUGGAGGAUCAUCAGCCUUUGCCGGGUAUUGAGGUGGGAGAUAUCGGUCCGAAGGUCGGAUUCAACGCCAUUGAUAACGGAUACUGUGCCUUCCAUAAGGUCCGCAUUCCACGUGAGAAUAUGAUGAUGCGUUAUGCCAAGGUACUACCUGACGGUACAUUCGUGGAGCCUCAAAGCGACAAGCUCGUGUACCUGACAAUGGUACAGAUCCGAGCUUACUUGAUCCGCUCGCUUGGACAAGGAAUGGGGAUGGCAACGACUAUCACUACGCGGUACAGUGCUGCUCGUGUACAAGGACGUAAAGCCUCUGGAUCCCCGAAGGGAGAGUUCCAGGUACUGGACUACCAGAACCAACAACACGUUUUGUUCCCGUACAUCGCUGUCUCGUACGCUGGUUUCUUCGCCGGUACGGGUUUAAUUGCCAUGCACGACUCCGCUCUGGCGAUUGUCAAAAGUGGAGACCCGUCGUUCGGUUCCAAACUUGCAGACCUGCACGCUGUAUGCUCCGGACUGAAGGCCUGGCUGGCGAAUCAUGUGAGCGACGGCAUUGAGAACUGUCGUCGUCUAUGCGGCGGACACGGCUUCACGCACUCGAGUAACCUGGGUCACUUGUUUGCUGAGACAGUGGGCGCUUGUACGUACGAAGGAACCUUCGAUGUGCUAGUGAACCAACACGGUCGCUACCUAUUGAAAGCUCUACACAGCGGGAAUCACCUUCCUGGUAGUCCGACUGAGUUCCUGGCUAAUGCUAAGACUCACUCGAACCCGAAUCUACGCUGCAAGGCGCAGAAGCCCGAGGAUUUCGCUGAUCUGCAGCUGUUGCUAGAGGCGUUCCGUGUCCGUGCAAGUCGCGCUGUACUGACACUUGCAGCCGACAUGAAGGCAAACAAGAACAACGCCAAUGCUUGUAUGGUACAGAUCACGCGUGCAUCGACGGCUCACGCUGAGCUCCUACUGGUCGAGGCGUUCGUGAACGGUCUUAACUCGAUCCCUUCCGGUAAGGAGCGUGGGGCGGUGACGCACCUGUGUGAGCUCUUUGGUGUCUGGUUGAUCACCAAGACUCUGGGUGACUUCCGUGAGGAUGACUACAUCUCUUCUAAGCAGGCGGUCAUGGCUCGUCGACAGCUUGUGAGUCUGCUACCUGUUAUCCGUAAGAACUGCGUGUUGCUGACGGAUGCUUGGGAUUUCACGGACUUCGAACUGAACUCGACUAUUGGCCGCUACGACGGCGAUGUUUACCGUGCAAUGGUGCGUCGUACUGCUGAUGAAGCUCUGAACAAAACGCAAGUGGCUGAGUGCUAUGAUCAGUUCCUCAAGCCUCUCCUGCAGUCGACUCUGUAAGGAAUUUGGUGGAAAUAGUCAUGUUGACAAAUUCUAAAAGUAGUGUUCUUCCUUAGUAUUAUUCGAUCG